ACUUGGGCCUUCAUCCUUCUCCACUCAGGGGCUUUGUCCUUCUCCACUUGGGCCUUCGCCCUUCUCCACUUGGGCCUUUAGCCUGUAUUUGGCUAGUUUCAUGAUUCUCAUCAGAUGGGGUCCCAUUGUGGUCACACUUUGACCAGAGAGGGUGGUGCGAUAAUUUGGCUACGUUCAAACCAUCCCUCCACCGUCUAUUAGUGCCACCUUGUCAUAUGAGGAUAUCGACGACAGGUGGAUGCACUACUCAGACCAUCUAGCAGUUGUGGGACAGAUUUGUCUUGUGCCUGGGCAGGUUUCAAGAGAUUACAUGGAGUGGUUCUUCCCGAUAUCUCAUUCGUUCAUCACACCCACACAGGCAACUGAUCAGCCCAGACAUCAACAUGUCCCACAGCAUGAGGCAUACGUGGAGCCAGAUAUCCUGGAGGUCCUAGUGGCAGCAGAAGCUGGACCGUCACAAGCAGCUGACCCCCUCCCCCCAGACAUACAGUGGAUGCUUGUGAAGCAAUUGCAAAAAGUUUGGAGCGUAUGCUCAACCUAAGGAUGGUCACUGAAGGCACAGAGUUACAUGAGAUCAUGGAAGACUGCCUCAGGAUCACUAGGGGUGUCACCUCAGAUGGAAAUGUGUAUGUUAGGGUGCGACGAAGAUGGCGCACAGAUCAUUCAGAGAUCAUGUUUAUGUCUUGUAU